GCCGCAUUCGAUUUCACCUCCUUUUUGCUCUGAUCAUCAACUCUUCGGAUUUUAACACCGUCCGGAAGAUCAAAUCUCAUAAACUCGAUUUGUAUAAACCCUAAUUUUUCCAUAAGUCACUCUACUAUUACUCGAUCAUCAAGAAUUUCGUGCUUAUAUGCAAUUCGAGAUAUGAAGAUUGAUUAUAAGAAAAGAAGAUUCCGAUGCUCCUGAACCAGCUCUUAGAAUUAUGAGCAAGGUAGAAAACUCUGGUGAUGCCGUUGACCAGUAUACGUUCUUGAAGACCAAACAACUCCCUCAAUCCGAUUCAGAAACACUCGAACCUAAUACAAUGCUGGAUUCAGUUGAUGUUGUUAGCGUUGCGGAAGAACUCACCCAAUCUCAUCCAGAACUUAGAACUGAUUUAUCUGAACCAGAUGUUAAUGCACCUCCUGAAGCAGAAGUUCUUGAAGCCACUGUAUCAGCUUCACCUAGAAAGAGCAAAUUAAAUUCAUCUGAACUUGUUGAGGCAGUUAAUGUGGAUCCACAUGAACCCAGAAGGUUGUAUCAGAUACCUUUGUCAACUUGUUCCAGUAUUGCAGAAGAUGAUGGUGUCUUUUGUCAACUAUCAUCAGAUCAUUGCACCGGCGAGUUGGAAGUGGACAACGAAGACUUGAUAACAGUUGUCCUCUAUCCUGAUCAUAUGGUGUACUGUGAUAGUUAUUGUACAGAUUGUGUUCUAACUUUCACUAGCAGUUGCAUCAAAAUAGAGGGUUUGACUUUAGAUGGAGAUGACAAAACCUUUAAAUCUCAAUGGGAAGUUCAGGAUAUACUUCAUAUCAAAUCUCAUUGGUAUGAGCUGGUUCAGAUGGCAAUUGUGUCAAUUCAUGUACUUACAGGAGAUACAAUACAGGCUGAAAAUGUUGAAUGCACUUCAGGUACCGAGUUGAAGUUUGCAGUUAUUGGCACCAACUGGUAUGGGAGACAGGAGGCAAUCACAUGUUUGAAUGCCUUGUACAAAUCGUUGUGGAGCAGUAUGCUUGAAUCAGAGGACACUGUCUAUGAAUACACCCAAGCAUCUUUUACGAAAUAUUUUCCAAACUUUGAUCAGCCUUUUGAAGAAAUUAUCUAUCCAAAGGGGGAUGUUGAUGCUGUUUCUGUUAGUAAGAGAGACGUCGAUCUGCUGCAACCAGACACAUUUGUCAAUGACACCAUCAUUGACUUUUAUAUCAAAUACUUGAAGAACAAAAUCAAGCCCGAGGAGAGGCACAGGUUUCAUUUUUUCAAUAGUUUCUUCUUCCGAAAGUUAGCUGACCUAGAUAAAGAUCCUCUUGAUGCCUUUGAAGGCAAGGAAGCUUUUCAACGUGUGAGGAAGUGGACAAGAAAAGUGAACCUUUUUCAGAAGGAUUAUGUCUUUAUUCCUGUAAAUUACAACUAUCACUGGAGUCUUAUUGUAAUGUGUCAUCUUGGGGAAGUGGCCACAUACAAAGAUGAAGAUGUAACCAAGUUGAUUAAAGUGUCAUGUGUUCUGCAUAUGGAUUCUCUCAGAGGCACUCAUACUGGCCUGAAAGAUCUUAUGCAAAGUUACCUGAGGGAAGAGUGGAAAGGGAGAGUAAAGGAGGCAUCUGAAGAUAUCUCCUCGCGAUUUGAUAAUUUGCGCUUUAUAUCGCUUGAGUUACCGCAGCAGCCGAAUUCAUUUGACUGUGGUUUAUUUUUGCUUCACUAUGUAGAGCUCUUCUUGGAUCAAGCUCCGACUAAUUUCAAUCCAUUCAAAAUCACAAAGAGUGUCAACUUUCUAAAUGAGGAGUGGUUUCCGCCUGCUGAUGCAUCUCUCAAAAGGGUAGUUAUCCAGAGAUUAAUUUAUGAUCUCUUAGAGAAACCUUCUCAUGAAGCUUCAUCCAUGGCUGCCAAUGAAGAAUACUGCAACUUGAGCUCUCCGACAACUAGCAUCCGCAAAGGAACAGCUGUAAAUUUCUUCUCAGAAACGUGCAAUCCUUCAACGGAUUGCCAAAGUCCUCAAGUUGAUCACGGAGUUGAAAUAUCUCUGUUACCAUCAUUAUCUUUAACAACUGAACCAUGUCACAUGGAUGCCAGUGUAUCUCUAAAAGCGGCAUUUGAACCAGGAUCCUUUCUGGCCAUGAACUUUCCAUCUUUCAACGAGACAACAUUUGAAGGGUACAAAAAUUCUCUCGUGCCACCAAUCGAGGAAGAUGUGGAAACUGCUUAUUCGCCAACAGAAGUUGAUCUCGAGCUGGGCAAUGGAAUCACACCUGAAGUCCCAUCUUCAUCCCGAGAUUGUAAAAGCAGCGAAUCUUGGCAAAAGAACAACAAUUUCAAAACAUGGAAUCCAGAUUCAUUGGAAGUGAUCAAUGGGAAUGAUCAAAUUGAUGCAGAACUCAGAAUCAAUGAGAUAGGAGAUCAACCAAGAUCACCAUUGUUGGAGAUGGUUGAUGAUGGUGAUAACGCGGAUUAUCUUGCAUUAUCUUCUCGUUGUUCUGAAAUGGAAGCGAAUGGCUCCAACGGAUUGGAAGCAGACUUGCAGCAUCAUACCAAAAGGAUGCGAACGGUUGAACCAGAAUCGCGUGUUGAAGGUGAUGAUUGAAUCUGGUGUUUAAUUGAUUCAUGUUGGAAGAUAUGUAGCAAUUAGAAUGAACAAAUAUUGUUAUUGUUGGCAUUGUAUCUUUUGGUGUGAGGAUAUGCUCCAGAAGGUGACAUAAUACCCUUUUUUUUCAAGAAUGGUUAAUGGUUUGUUUUGGAAUUUUGUAGAGGGGAUUUUUGGUUAAGAAUAAGAUUGUUGAACAAUUUCAUG